CAACUGCCGAUUUGAAUUCAACUCGCCCUCCAGCGGGCACCCGGGUUCGAAACCCAUGAAUCAAAAUUUGUUUCUGGGAUUGAGGGAGUUCCUCGGCAGAGUGACUCAAUCACAACCUCACCUCGAAUUGGUGCUGAAUCUUAACAAGUUACACAACUUGCAACAGGUGACAUCAUUUGACUCCGAUCCUCCUUUGGUUGUUGAACGUUUGGAGUUGGGGACGGUUGUUCCGAAAACAUUUGAUGUGAAGAAGGGAGGUGGUGCUCUUCUUGAUGGCCUUUUCCGAGUUUGUCACCCUACAUUUCUGUUGGUGACCCGACGUAAUAAUGAACCCUUAUUUUUCUGCAUUUGCGAGCAGCUUCUGAAGAGAGACGAUUUUGGCAGUUGUUGUAAUGAUUUCAAAUGUUGGCGCCAUCAACUGAAGAGUGUGAAAAUAAAUAGCGAUAUUGAUGAUGAG